AUAUUUCCUCUCUGCCUACUGUCCCCAGUGCUGCAACUGUGCCAUGCUCAAGCUGCAACAUUAGCACUCUCUUUUUUUUCUCCCCCUUUUCUUCACCCUGUGGGGAGACCCCUUAUAUCUUCCGCGAUCUUCUUCUUCAAUUUGUUUUUAACCCAUCUGCUCCGUGGUCCUUUUGUUUCUUUUUUUUUUAAAACAUGCCUAACAUCGUGCUUUUCAGCGGGAGCUCCCAUCAUGACCUGUCCCAAAAAGUGGCUGAUCGGCUCGGGCUGGAGCUGGGGAAGGUGAUCACCAAGAAGUUUAGCAACCAGGAGACAUGUGUGGAGAUCGGGGAGAGCGUGCGCGGCGAGGACGUGUACAUCAUACAGAGCGGCUGCGGCGAAAUCAACGACAAUCUAAUGGAGCUGUUGAUCAUGAUAAACGCCUGCAAGAUAGCCUCCUCGUCCCGCGUAACAGCCGUCAUCCCCUGCUUCCCGUAUGCCCGGCAGGACAAGAAAGACAAGAGUCGAGCACCGAUUUCUGCCAAACUGGUUGCUAACAUGCUGUCCGUGGCGGGCGCUGAUCACAUCAUCACCAUGGACCUCCACGCCUCGCAGAUCCAGGUCUGCUCAGCUCAGUUUGUUGUUUCCAACCAGGUCAUCGACAUCUCCAUGAUCCUGGCUGAAGCGAUCAGGAGGACCCACAACGGCGAAUCGGUUUCGUACCUCUUCAGCCACGUCCCACUGUGAGGAAGAACCACCCCGAUCCUCCGUAUGUCCUCCCAACGAGGCCACACGCCCGGCACUUUCCUGGCCUCUCACGUCCUGCGGCGAAGCCUCCAAUCGGCCUUGCUCCAGUGGCUCCUCAAAGGUCGCACCCUCCGUCAGUGACAUUUUCCACUCAGCAGACAAAACCAAGUUUUUAUUUAUGAGCUCAAUUCCUUUUCUUGUCAGUUUUCUCUUUCGGCCUCACAGAGGUCUGAUUUUUCUUGAUAACCAAGCGGGACGUCAUGACUUCAUUUUACCUCUUUUUUUUUUUUUUUUCAGUUUUAGAUGCAUUCCUCUCUGGCAUGCAAAGAUUUAAAGUGUUUGAAUAAAAGUGUAGCCUGCACCCAAAGUAUUUACAUUAUGGUACCCUCUAACUCAGUCUAACUCCGUCACAGGAAUCCAUAUUUUCUUCUCGCUGAGCCACGACAAGUAUAAGCUGCUGUCAUGACUUCCCUCUGAUCUAAUCCUUCUAAUUGUACUAAAAUCAUUUCUAAAACUAACGCAAGAUGUCGUAGGUGUAUUGCCUACCCUUAAAAAAAAAAAAAGGUCAUUAAAUAUAAUGAAGCCCAAAGCUUUACUUUUUUUGUUUUUAUUUUCUUUUUUUAAAUAGUGUUAAGAAUCCGGGCCUGAUUUGUUCCCAGCGGUAAUGGAGUCACUUCUGUUCAGUGAAGGCAGUGUGGCGCAGUGUGCCUGAAAGUGGCUCAAAAGGCGAU